AUGCGCAGAAUUUACUCCCCUUCCCCACGCGAAAAGCUUACCUCAGGAACCGCCAAUUUUCCAGAAAGCCUUAAAGAAAACAACACAAAAUUAUCUUUAAGCCAAUUUCAAUUACUCCGGACGAUCGGAACAGGCUCCUACGCAAGAGUAAGACUUGCUCUACACAUAAGUUCAAAUGAAAUGGUUGUUAUAAAGAUGAUUAAAAAAUCAUUCGCAGCAAGUGAGAAGCAUAUGAGGCAUGUUAAAAAUGAGAGACAAAUUCUCCAACAACUCAGAUGUCCAUUUAUUGUAAGGCUAUUGGGAACUUUUCAAGAUGAAACUUUUCUAUAUAUGGUUCUUGAAUUUGCGCAAGGAGGCGAAAUUUAUAGGUUACUUCAGCUUGAGCAUAGUUUUGAUAUCGAUAAGAUAAGGUUUUUUGCAGCUGAAAUUGUGUCAGCCUUUUCUCAUUUGCAUAGUAGGUCAGUUAUUUUCAGAGAUUUGAAACCUGAAAAUGUGCUUUUCGCUACAAAUGGGCAUAUCAAAUUAGUGGAUUUUGGGUUUGCUAACUCCCCCCCCUCCGUGAGUGGACAAAAAAAUUUUGUUCACUCACGUUAAUUUUUUUGUUUUAAAAAAAUUUAUAAUAAAUAAUAUUUUUCGAAAUUUAAAAAAAUCCUAAUUCGCAAAAAUUGGAACGCAAAUAUUAAUUUAAUUUAUAAAAUUUAUGCUUUAAAAAGCAAUUUGUUUAAAAUUAAACAGAAUUAGCACUAGAUUUCAUUAUGCUAAUUAUCACUUAUAUAUCAAAAUUUUUUUCCAUAAAAAAAAUUUUCUAUUAAAAAAAUUUUUAUUCACUCACGGAGGGUGGGUUUUUGGGCAAAAAAUAGCGAUUUUUCUAAUGGUUUUGUUCACUCACGGAGGGGGGGAGUAAGCAUUUGAAAGAUGGAGAAUUUUCAUACACUAUGUGUGGCACACCUGAUUAUUUAGCGCCUGAAAUGAUAAGGCAAACAGGACAUGAGUUUUCCUUAGACUGAUGAACUUUGGGGAUUUUAUUAUACGAGCUUUAUACUGGUAAAACUCCUUUCUAUCAUAGUAAUCCUUACGUUAUGUACGAAAAAGUUUUGCGAGAAGAAGUUAUUUUUCCUGAAAACUUUGAUGAAGAAUUAAAGGAUCUCGUUGGACAGCUUCUAAUUAAGGACUAUAGAGAAAGGAUAAAACUAAUCAAUAUUAAAAAACACUCAUUUUUCAGGAAUAUCAGCUGAAGACAGGUUGAAAAAUUAGGAUUGGAGCCAGUUUAUAUUCCUCCUAUAUCUUCGAAAAUCGAUUCAUCUAAUUUUGAUAGAUAUGAGGAAGAAAAACAAAAUGAGCUUCUUCCGCCAGCUGAUAUCCCUGAUUUGUUCCCAGAAUUUUAA